AUGUCUUCCUUUCUUUCAUUCACUCAUCCUGCCCUUCUUUCUUUCUUUCUUUCUUUCUUUCUUUCUUUCUUUCUUUCUUUCAUGCCUUCUUCCUUUCAUUCAUUCACUCACCCUUCCCUUCUUUCUAUCUUUUACACACUUUCUUUCUUUCACUCAUUCUUUCUUUCUUUCACUUAUUAUUUACUUCUGUUACCCUUUCAUCCAUUAUUUCUUUCUUUCACUCUUUCUACUUUCUUUCUUUCUUUUACUCACUCUUUAUUUCUUUCUUUCUUUCUUUCUUUUUUCUUCAACUCACUCAUUCUGUCUUUCUUACACUCGCACUUUGUUUAUUUCACUUACACUUUCUUUCUUUCACGCUCUCUUUUUUCUUUCCUUUUUUCUUUCUUUCUUUCACUCACUCACUCUUCCUUCUUUCCCUUCUUUCUUUCAUGUUUCUUUUUUCUUUCUUUCUUUCUUUCAUUCACUUACUCUUCCUUUAUUUAUUCCUUCCUUUCUUUCAUUCAUUCACUCACUCACUCUUCCUUUCUUUCUUUCUUUAUUUCACUCAUUCUUUCUUUCACUCCUUCACUCUCUCUUUCUUUCGCUCUUUCAUCCAUUCUUUCUUUCCAUCUUUCCAUCUUUCUUUCUUUCACUCACUUUUUGUUUAUUUCUUUCUUUCUUUCACUCACUCUUUCUACUUUCUUUCUUUUACUCACUCUGUCUACUUUCUUUCCUUCUUGUACUCUUUCUUUCUUUCUUUCUUUCUUUCUUCCUUUCAUUCCUUCAUUCACUCUCUCUCUUUCAAACAAAGAAACAAAACGUCUUUACUACUCUUUCCUUUACCUUCCCUUAUCUUAUUUUUUCCAUUUUCUUUCUCCUUCCGUCUUUCUAAUUUCUUCUCUUCUCUUUAGCCAAUUGGGUUUUUUAAUUUUUUUCAUUCCCUUCCAUCUAACAGCGAUUUUUUGUCUCUUUACUACACGUCUUAUAUUUUGGAAAAUGACACCGAAGAAAAAUUGUAUUUCCAACUGA